CGGAAGUCAGUGUCAGGCAGACCGGAAGCAGAUGGGAUUCCUGGGGACAGGCAGCCAGGCCCGGGAACCGGACUCUCUGCACCACUGAGGAUGUCCUGCAGAGAGGUCAGCGGCUGACGUGCAGGGGAAAGACGCUUAUGACAGCUAGGGACUGACCCGACACAUGCACAGAGAGAAUACAUAAAAGAUGUAUGAUGAGAAAAGGCCGUCUGACGGAGGUUCAUCUGCUUCAGUACAAGAUGGGGAUAGGAAAGAUCAAACAAACUGUGCUGCGAUGGAGAGCAUUGGCAGUGAACAUGCAGAAAUUCCUGCGCAUCCGGGAGGCAGUCCAGUGCAGUCCAGGCAGGGGUACUGCAGCUGCUGCCAAGUGCACUACAUGAACCUAGAAAAGCAUCUUGCAAGUGACCAGCACAGGCAGCUUUCCGUCUGUAAGCGGAACCGCGUCAGCGGCAGUAUGAUGAUGGAGCGUUUUCUGCAGGACGUGCACCUCUACCACCCCCAAAAUUACCACGACACAAGACCAACAUAUGAUGAUAUACCAGAAGUGGAUGCACUUUCUUCUUCGCGAGAAGAUCAGUGGUGCAUUCUAUCACCCCCCCAAACACAGACUAAUAAAGGCACUGUUUCCAAUAUAGCAAAAGCUGAAUUGGACAAGAACUGCGUGUUUGGUCCACAUAGCUCAAAGGACAACUCCAAGAAAAUGGCCUUCACACAGACCUGCAAUAAGAACCCUGAACGGGGGCCAUGUCCCACAAAUGAGAAUCCUCAGCAAAGGAUUCUUGCAUGCAAUAGUACAUUAACCAUUGGCCAGGAACCCUCAAGUACAGCAGUGGAUACCGGACCUCACAGCUCUCCCUUUAGCCUUUCUCCUUUCUUUCUACCUAGCCCGUUGACUGCAAACAGAAUUGGUUCUUCUGAACCUCCACGUGUAUUAUGCUUAGAGUCCAAUAAGAACAAACACGCAAAGCAUGGAAAGGGAAUCAAGUACCCCUGUCCCAAUAUGACUACAAGCCCCACAAGUGCUAUAAAAAAUAGACAAUUUAAUUUCCAUGGCAGCUGUUGCAACCCGACCUCAGGUACUUCAUUUGGAAAAGAAAGUGUUUUUAAAUGCCGGGAGAGGACGGAAGCUAUUCUCAGGGAUUGUGCAUUGGCUAAUAAGAUAAAACAAACGGGAACUGUUGGAGAAGGUUCCAACCACAUUCAACACAAAGGGAUCCACUUGCUCAGCAGUGAUAAAUCCUUAGUCGAUGAUGUCAUUGAGACAGUCAUCUGGAAAUACUGCCAUGAACCAUCGUCGAAGAGGUCUUCAGAAAAAGACGAUAAAAGUAUUUCAUCAUUAAUCGUUAAGUCGAUUCUUAGCUGUAGCGAGGGUUCAAGUUUAAGUUUUGAAUGGAAUGUACCAACGCAGCUAGGAGAGGAUACCCCCAAGGUGGUGAUUCCAAACCUAGACGUGCUCAAAGAAUCUAGUGUGAAGGUUGAUGAAGACUACAAGUCAAAACUGAAAUGUGUACUCAACGGAGACCCAGAAAGUGAUGCAACAGCUAUAAAGUCAGAACAUAACGAAGAGGUUCUUCCAGCUCUGAAUCAUGUGCCUCCAUCCUUUGUCGGUAAAACCUGGUCUCAAAUAAUGUACGAAGAUGACUUGAAAGUUGAAGCUCUUGUCAAGCAGUUUAGGAAGGGAAAGUUCCAUUGCUACUUCGAAGAUGGGCAUUUAAUGAAUGUUGGCAGCAAGAGACGACAUAAAAACGUUGAGACGGAAAAGAAAGAUGAGGUGCAGACUGAUGACUGGACAGAGUCCCAAAAAGUUGACGUGCUACCGUUAUUUGAAGAUGACCCUUGUGAGGAUCAUCUCUCUAAUACCCAUAGUAUCAAAUCGGAAAGGUUGCAAAAACCCAAGCAUCCUAAACCCUGUAGAAGAACGUGGAGACAAACCUCAAGGUGCCAAGUAGUUAAGGUCAGCCAUGGUACUCAGACAAGUGUGGUCAACUUUCCCGUGAUAAAAAAGAAAUUCCUGAAAGAUCAACCACAACCAAGUGUUUUUGAUGAUUUCGGAGAGGAAAGAACUCCAGACAUGAAAACCAGGAUGUGUGCUUUGAAGCUUCCAGAAUCUUACACCAAAAUCUUAACCCCUUUACAACCCAACACUAUGGUCUACGUCCUUUCCCACCCAGACAUAAAACCAGGGAUUUGUAAAGCCGCUUGCAUCUCUAGCAGAGGCCGCAAUCGAUAUUCCACAGACAGUAGGGACUCUGCAUAUUAUAAAUAUAAGCAAUCUCCUCUGAAGUAUUAUGAUCCCUUGACUAAUCGUAUUCUCAAAACCCCUCCGAGAAGUUCGGCACGAAGUUUGGGUAGCAAUGCAUCUUGUGUCCGGAAGCUCUUCAGAAGUCUAAGUAGUGAAGGAAAUGUCGCUAAAGUAGAGUUUGGACAAAAGAAGUCUAGCACAUCAAAGAAGUCUCUGAGCAGUUGUUCUGUUGCUUCUUUGCGCUCUGAGUCUGCCAAAGCUAACGAUCUACACUCAAGCACAAAUGGAGGGGGCUCAUCAGUUAGCACAGACUGUAAAGAUAGUGCCUGUGUAAAGGUAUCAGGGCAUCCCGAAAAGCCAUACGCACAUUUCUCUCUAUCCCCUUCUAAUGGCGGUUGCAUCCUGGUCAAGGAAGACAUUCAGCAGAGUUCCAAGAGGACACAAUCUCUAAAAACAUUGAGGCCAAAGAAAAUGAUUAGAAGAGAGUCUCCUAACUCGUCAGCGAGGAAGGAGCCUAGAGCUGCUUCACAAUGUAAGGACAAUCCGCAAAGGAUGGUAAAAAAUCUAGGAAAACGUGCACAAGCUAAAAAACGGCCAAGAAGAACGUCUACCUCCCCGAAAUCAACCAGGCGCUUUGUUCAGGUCUGUCGACCUAAUCAAAAAACGUGCACAAGGCGAAGCAACGAGCAGGCUGUCGGUGAGCAAAGGACACGUGUAAAUUCACAGUUAGUUGCACUAAAGCCUGCAAAAAGAAACUCGAGCCAGACUAAUCGCGCGUCAAAUAAUAAUGCACAGAAUGGUCGUCGGGACAAAAGCGUUAAUAGGGCACAAAGCAAAGCGUCUGACGUGAUUGUGCGUAACAUCAUACAUCAUCUGAGGAGCAGACGCAUCACUACAACCACAGCGGCAAAUAGCAGACCUAGGAGAAAAGUCACAUAAAGUUCUUUUCACAUAUUAUUUAAAAAAAGCCUAAAACACUGUGUUCUAAAAAACGGGUAAUAUAGUAUUUUUUUUUACUCUUUGUUGUUAUAAAUAUAUAUUUGUUGAAGAAGAGAAUUUCUGAGCUAAUUUUCAAAUUGUUUUACAAGUUCCCUGUUCUAUACAUUCUUAUUGUAAAAUGAUAGAUUUGUUUAUUUUAUAAACCUAUGUUCACAUAUAA